AUGAAUAGAUCAUUAAUAAGAUUAAUAAGCUUUCAGCCUUCUAUAUUUUCAACAGGCACUAGAUUGAAUGCUCAAAGGUGCAUCUCAACCCAUAAUUUUCAAAAUAUUCAGCAAACAUGGGUGAACUUGACUGAAGAUGAACAGGAUCAAAUUCUCGAUCAUCUAGCAUUCAAGCAAGAAGAAAAUUGGAAUGAUAUGUCCAACGAAGAAAAGAAGGCUUCUUAUUUCAUUUCUUAUGGCCCUUGGGGGCCAAGAACUGUCGGAGGUAAUAAUGCCUCGACUGUCAGUGGCAGAGUUAUUGGAGCACUAACUGGUUCAAUUAUCCUGAUUGCUUUGGGAUUGUCUAUAUAUAACUAUACUAUUGAUCAAGAGAAGUUGGAUGAAUUCAACAAAUAUGAACAAAUUAAUCCGGAAAAUUAG